AUGGUGGGGAGCGGCCAGCUCCAUUAUUCUGUGCCGGAGGAAUCGCAGCAUGGCACCUUUGUGGGCCGCAUUGCCCAGGAUCUGGGGCUGGACGUUGAGGAGCUGGUGCCUCGGAUGUUCCGGAUGGUUUCCAAAGGACAGGAGGACUAUUUUGAGGUAAAUGUACAGAAUGGUGUUUUGUUUGUGAAUUCCCGGAUAGACAGGGAGCAGCUGUGUGCUCAGAGUCCCAUUUGCAUCAUUCAUCUAGAGAUGAUUGUGGACAAGCCUCUCAGGAUCUUCCAUGCAGAGGUGGAGAUCAGGGACAUAAAUGACAAUGCCCCCAUUUUCCCAGUAAAUGAACAUCAACUAUUUAUUUUGGAAUCUAGGCUGCUGGGCUCCUAUUUUCCACUGGAGGGAGCUUCAGAUGCUGAUAUUGGUUCAAAUGGUCUGCUUACCUACAUCCUUAGUCCAAAUGAUUAUUUUCAGCUACGUGAAGAAAAGCAUGGAGAUCUCAGCAAAUCUUUAGCACUUGUGCUAUACAAUGCCCUGGAUCGAGAAAAAAUCUCUGUACAUCAUUUAUUACUUUCUGCCACUGAUGGGGGACAACCAGAGCUAACUGGUUCAGUGCAGCUGAAGAUAACUGUACUAGAUGUAAAUGAUAAUGUACCAAUGUUUAACCAGUCUGUGUAUGAGGUGCAUCUGCUUGAAAAUAUCACAGAGGGAACACCAGUCCUUACUUUGACUGCUUAUGACUUGGAUGAAGGAACAAAUAAAGAAAUACUGUAUUCGUUUAGCAAUAUGAUGCCUCCCCAUUUAAGGCAGAUUUUUUCCAUAGAUUCCAACACAGGUGAAAUCAAAACCAAAGGAAAGAUAGACUUUGAAGAUACUAACUUAUUUGAAUUGCAAGUGGAAGCUGCUGAUCAAGGGUCCUACUCUUUGGUCGGACACUGCAAAGUUCUGAUCCAGGUUUUGGAUGUGAAUGACAAUGCUCCAGAACUGUCUGUGACAUCCAUCUCUGUGCCAGUGCCAGAGGACUCCCCACUGGGGACAGUGGUGGCCCUGAUGAGCAUAUCGGACAGUGAUGCAGGCAUCAAUGCUCAAGUUAGCUGCUCCCUGUGGCCACAUGGACUUCCCUUCAGGCUGAUAUCCACCUUUAAGAAUUACUACUCACUGGUGCUGACUGAAUCCCUGGACCGCGAGGAGGUGGCUGAAUACAGGCUGGUGGUGACAGUCCAAGACCAAGGGACUCCAUCACUGUCAGCCAGCAGCAGCUUGGUGGUGCCCAUCGGCGAUGUGAAUGACAAUGCGCCUGCUUUUCCUCAGCCCUCCUACACGGUCUUUGUGAAGGAGAACAACCCACCAGGUGCUCACAUCUUCACAGUGUCUGCCUCAGAUCCAGAUGUGGCUGAAAACGCCCUGGUUAGCUACUGGCUGGAUGACAAGCUCUGGCCACUGUCGAGCUACAUCUCGGUGCACUCAGAAAGCGGGAAGCUCUAUGCUCUUCAGCCCUUGGAUUAUGAAGAGGUGAAGUUGUUGGAGUUCCAAGUGAGGGCCAAGGAUGCUGGGCUGCCCUCCUUGUGUGGCAAUGUGACGGUGCAAGUCUUUGUGGUGGAUGAGAAUGAUAAUGCACCUGAAGUUUCUAAGGCAGCAGAGGCCCCCAUCCUGCUGGUAGUUCCUGUUACUGCAGGACACAUGGUGGGCAAGAUCCGUGCCCUGGAUGCUGACUCCGGCUACAAUGCCUGGUUGCACUAUGAGCUGCAUGAAGGAAGUAGUAGCUCCUGGCGUGUGGGGCUGUACAGUGGUGAGAUUAGUACUACACAUGCACUGGAUGAGGGGGUAGGCAAUAACAUGAUUCUGUUGGUGCUGGUGAAGGACCAUGGCAAGCCUGCACUUUCAACCACAGCUACAUUGAGUAUUUCCCUGGUAGCAAGCACCCAGGCUGCUCAAGCUGAUGCCCACCUCUCCAGAAUGGGAGGGAGCCUAAAGCCCCUGGUGGAUACUACAAACAUUUACCUGAUUAUUGCCAUCUGCUCCAUGUCCAGCUUGUUCCUGCUUGCCAUCGUUGUGUAUGUGGCUCUGCGAUGCCAGUCUCAGCUCAAGGACGGUGCCAGGUAUGGUCCUGGCACAGCCACACUAGUGUGCGCCAGUGAAGUAGGUAGCUGGUCGUAUUCACAACGUCAUAGUCGGAACCUGGGAUGUGUGGCUGGGGAAGCUGGUAUCAAGAAUGACCUCAUGGUUUUCAGCCCCAAUAUUCCUGUCUUUGCUGUGAACACAGGAGUAGGAAAUGCAAAGGAGCUUGUUCCAAAUUUAUCUGGAGAGCAUGCACAUUUGGCAAAGAAUCUCAGCUCUCAGGCUGUUCAGCACUGUGACAGUGGCCUGGCCUUCAUUGUAUAG